CACGCUCAAACACUUGUUCGAAGAGUGGCUUGUGCGACACGGAAUCUCGUCACGCCAGCUUCGGCCCUGAUUUCCAAUCGCGUGGCGAUGGAACCACAGUAUAAUGAAACGAUUGUGGAACUGGCGUUGGGUAAAGGACAGGACAAGUGGAAUGACAUUUCUAGAUGCAGAAGGCGAUCUUAUUUCUCGACAUACCUCACGUCAGCCCAAGAUGAAGGCUUCACUGUGUGGCAGAUCGCCGAAUGUACCAUCUCUUCAGGCUUCCUAAAAAGGGUGCAUUCAUUGAUAGGCGUGGGGGAAGGGGUGGGGGGGAAAUCAAAAUAUGGCUUUGCAUCUCUCACAAUCAACACGGCUGCAGAAAUAACUGGGUUACUUCCGCGGGGGUGUGACACUGAUGGGACCCAUGAGGUUGGACGUCCCAUCGGGUCACACCUCCUGUGCACACAACCAGAAUUAUAUGCACGGUCAUGCACCGUGCAUGAUACAGUACGACUCAACUCAUCCCCAUCCCCGUUGCUGGAUAGGGGUAACACGGAGGCCUCCCAUUUUAGCCCCCGCCGCGCGGCGGCGGUUUUUGCUUAAAUACUUGGGUUUAUCGCAAUCUCAUUCGUGAAGAUGCAGUAUUAUCGACGAGAGUCUCAAUCUGUGGCUGAUGGUCCUUUUGCCAACUCAUUGCGAUUCCAUGCACAACGUAUGAACAUGUCACUCCAUCUACAAGACAGGCAGAUUGGCUCAUCUCAAUGGAAGUGUUCGGUUUUUGGUUCGUGUGGACGUCCCCAUCGCACCAGCCACCGUCCUUAUGACUGAUCUGGACUGCUAGUCGACGACAAGCUCUAUUCUGCAUCGGAACACAUCACCCGGGCGGGUGCGCGAGAGAAUGCAUCAGAGCUAGCGCUCAAUGUGCUGUUGGCGGAAGAGAAAUCGUAGGGACGGGUUGGACUUGACAAUCU